GGGGAAUUUACACAGUUUCUUUGGUCACUGAAUUUCCCCCUUCAAUCUCAAUUCAUCGCGUUUCUACCCCCCCCCCCUCACUAACUAUAGGUACAUACUAGCUACCGUCUAACCAGGAACAAGCACAAUGCCCCCGAACAACAAGAAAAAGAAGAAGCCCGCAGCCAACCCAGCUCGAGGUUUUGCUACUACGUCCAUUCCCUCCAAACCAAAGCCGGAAUCGGCUACGUCCACCCCGCCAACUGCAGCAGCAACAACCCCAGCAGAGUCCAAGACAAUCUCCGCACCACCGGAAACAGAUCAGGCCACACCUGCAGAAGGAGUUCAGCCCUUCGAAACACAGACAAAAGACACGCAGUCGCUGCAGCAGUAUACACCGGAGCAGUUGGAGAAGCACCUGGAGGACGCGGAGCUUCAACUACUGGUCGAAAAACACGCGUCGAAGUGUAGGAGCGAUGCUGCGCGACAUGUGACGAAGCUGGAGACGGAGCGGCGGGUCAUGCGACAGCAGGCAUCCGGCUCGCUGAACGUUCUCGAAUGGUUGCCGGUAGAUGUGUUGAACCGGAUUCUGGGUCUCCUUGAGACGGAGGAAUGUGAGCUCAGUCCACAGCCAGGCGCGAAACGGACAUUCUCCGAAGAGGAUUUAUAUAUGAAGCUAUGGACCCUGAAAGAGACCUUGGUUAGACUUGGGUUCCCUGAGACAAGGGUAGAUGAAGCUUUGAAGCAUCUUUUGGUCUAUUUUGCAGGCAAUCCUGUUCCUACUAAUAGGGAUGCUUUGUGGAAUUUGGACGAAAUACUAGACUGGUUUGCUCUGCACUGUGAUCCCACUGAGCUUCCAUCUUAUGCUAGGACGGGUGCACAGCUGCCUAAAGAUUCAGAUAAAACGAUAUCCUGGAUAACUGGCGACCAGCCAAAGUCCGGCCCCACGCAGGGUGAGAGCAAAUGGACUAAACAUUCUAAGCCCGAGUCCAAAGCCCCAACACCCCCAGCCCUGGAUUAUGACUCCGAUAGCUCGCUUGAACCGGAUACCUUGGUCCCUAAAUACUUGGAUUUGCAGGCCAAGCUGUACAGCCUCUAUCCAGACCUCUACGACAAGCCGAAGAAGGGAAAGAAAUCUGGUCGGGACAAUACGGACAGUGGCUCCAACAACCCACAAGCAGCAAAGCUUCAACGCAAGAUCUCCAACAUUGAAAAGGACGUGCUUUUCGACCGCGAAGAAGCCGAGUACAAGUGGAGAGAAAAGCUCGAGGAUCUUAGGAAGGAGGCAUCGUUUUUCCGGCGUACCCAGCGCGAGGAAGAGAAGCCGCCUCCUGUUGAGGAUCAAGAACAACCAGAGGAGGCAAAGCCGGAGCCGGAACUGAAGAGCGAUGUUUUUGCCGCUGCCGGUGACAAUGAGAAUGCAGACCUGCUUGGAGACAUGUUUGGAUCCGAAGAACCAGAGCUGGAGUCGGGCGUCAUUCUUGGGGAGCUGAGUAAAGCCACGAUGUGCGUCCGUGAUUUUGGCAAGUUCUCCGGUCUCAGUCCUCGGCGGGUAUUAGAGGAAACAUGCAAGUCCAGGGACACCGGGUGCAAGAUAAUUUUCAAGGACUUUUCUGCUUCAUCGUACCAGAACAGAAAGGCGAUUGAAGUGCGAUGGUCGAAACCGCAGGAAGUCCCGUUCGAACUUUCGCUCGACAUGGUGACGCACAAAUCGACUGCAUACGCUACGUACGUUUCUAUGGACAAUAUUGCAACGCCAGCUCAGCAGCAAGCUGAAGCAUAUGUCUCCACGCUGGCUCUCUUCAUCUUAUUCCCACAGAACUCAAAAGAGGGCAAGGCUUACAUGCGACUUCCAGCAGUCUGGAGGGACCUUUGGACCGAGCUUGCGACUGUCAAGAAGACACAGGAGGACGAAAUCGACAAGAAGACCGUCACUUGGUUGAAACAGCUUGUGCAGGAGAAUAACGGUGGCUUUGAAGACGAUGUCGUAUUAUCAGAUAACUUCCGCAGGAGAAACGGUACUGCCAGCAAGCCCGAAACACCGGUGAAGACGGUUUCCAGAGAGAACCUAGGCCCCAACGAUAAAGUAACACAGGCAUGGAUGGAAAAAGCCUCCACUCCUUCCUUCCAUCACAUGAUGCAGGGCCGAAUGAAUCUCCCUAUUUGGGACUUCAAGGAAGAAAUUCUCACCACGCUGGACACGCACCGUGCCCUCAUCAUUUGCAGUGAAACUGGUAGCGGAAAGAGUACCCAAAUUCCGUCGUUCAUUCUGGAGCAUGAAAUGCAGCAGGGUCGCCCUGCCAAGAUCUAUGUGACGGAGCCCCGGAGGAUCUCUGCUAUCUCUCUAGCACGGCGUGUCAGUGAAGAACUGGGAGAAAGCAAGAAUGAUAUCGGGACAUCUCGGUCUCUGGUUGGUUUUGCUGUCAGGUUGGAGAGCAAGGUUAGCCAAUCGACGAGACUAGUAUAUGCGACUACCGGUGUUGUGGUACGAAUGCUGGAACGGCCGGAUGACUUCCAAGACAUUUCGCACGUUGUGAUUGAUGAAGUUCACGAACGUACGAUCGACAGCGACUUCCUCCUUAUCGUUAUUCGACGAUUGAUGCAGAGAAGACCCGACUUGAAGCUCAUUCUUAUGUCGGCCACUCUCGAGGCACAACGCUUCUCAAACUAUCUCGGUGGUGUCCCUGUUAUGAACAUCCCUGGACGAACCUUCCCUGUGGAGAUGAAGCAUCUUGAGGAUGCUAUCGAGCUGACAAAUUACCGGUUGACUGAGAACGAAUCGAACGCUGUGGUUGACGAAGACACAGAGGAGAUGGCUGAGAGCUCGCAAGGCGACGCUGCUAGUGGUGUUCAGUCAACCCUUGACGCUUAUUCGAAGCAAACGAGAGAAACUAUCCAGAACAUUGAUGAGUACCGUCUCGAUUACCAGUUGAUCAAGAGGCUAGUCAUGAAGAUCGCCUCUGCGCCCGAAAUGUCGCAGUACAGCAAAGCGAUCUUAAUUUUCAUGCCCGGGCUGGAUCGUUCACGCGCUUCAUUCUUCUAUUGCCAGUGAAGAUCAAGAAAAGGCCUUCAGUGUGCCUCCGGCAGGAAUGAGGAAGAUCG